UUUGAAGGAAAAAAAAAAAAAAAAGCAGCCACGAAGCAGCAGUGAGAGUUCCUGGAGAGGGAGGGGACUGGAGCCAUGGCUGAGCUGUAUGUGAAGCCGGGGAACAAAGAAAAGGGCUGGAAUGACCCUCCCCAAUUCUCUUAUGGCUUGCAGGUAUCUGGAGGUGGAAAACGUACACUGUUGAAUAAAAGAUUACCAGUACCUUUACAGGAUCCUCCUACAGCAUCUUCUGGGCAACCACAUUCUUCUUCCACCUGUCCCAAGAUGCCACCAACAGGUCCAAAAAACAACAUUGGCCCUCCUCCUCUAGGACAAGUCUCCUCACCCCUCAGAGCAGACAACUCAAAGUCGUGUUCCAGUCAAACAGAGUUUGAGGCUCCUGUAGAGGUUAAGGAUGUUCUAACCCCGCUCCAUGAAAUCUUGGAGGCCUGCAAGGACUUAAUUAAGAGACAAGUGUUUAUUGAUAUAAGCAAGAGACUUGCCAUGCUGGAAGAAAUGUGGAACAGUGGGAAGCUAUCAAGUCCUGUGCGGAGAAGAAUGGGAAUAUUGGUAAAAGAGUUGAAAAGUCACAAUUGGAAUUCUGCCGAUGAAAUCCACAGAUCCCUGAUGGUAGAUCAUGUAAAUGAAGUGAGCCAGUGGAUGGUGGGAGUGAAACGUUUAAUUGCUGAAGCAAAAAAUUUACCGUGUGAGGAGAUGCCUGCAAAAGAUGAGACUGUAACAGAGGGCACUGACAGUGUCCAACAGGACACAUAGGAUGCCAUUUUAGUACAUGGUCAUAUUUCUAUGCAGUCUGCCAACAGUAUCAAAUGACUUUUUCAGUAAAUAAUAACUAUGUUUUUAUGGCA